UUUCCACUGUCCUCCACUUGGGGGCGGUAAUGUGCCACUGGUACUGCGUAUGGUUUAAGAGUAGGAAUAGUUUAUGUAGAUUAGCCAUGUAGAGAUGUGAAAUGUCUAACUAGGAUAUAAAAACAAACGUUUGUAACCUGAGCCGCUCGCUUCCGCACCUGAAUGGUUCAAAGGUCAACGUUCAUAAGGCAUUGGGACAAAAGAUUAUGACGUCAUUGACAACAAAGCAGGUGAGGAAGCAACGUUUACGUUUGAUUAUCUUUUAUUCAUUGCUUUUGUUUGGAGAAUUGCAAUAUAAAUAUGCAUAUACAUGUCAUGAAAGAAACAUUUAAUAUACUUAUAUUUUAAGUGUUUUGCAGCUCCGCCCCUCAAAGGCGGGACUCUGUAGCGGCGUGGUGGGCACAAGAAGCCCGGCGGCCAGUCGCUCCUCACCGGCUGCCACUGCGCCUCCGACGGCGGGGAGGCGCCGCUCACCCUCGGCGGCCGCACUAGCGUGACCCGGGGAUUAGCUGCCGGUCUCCUGACGAACACGCCCGCUUCGCUCGCCCUCGCGCUCGCCCCCCCACCGGCACCAUGGCGGAGAGAAGUGGCCGGCUGAGCUUUCCCGGCAGCGGGAGUGUCAACAGACCGGUGCCGAUGAACUUGUUCGCAACCUGGGAGAUAGACGGAUCCUCCCCGAACUGCAUCCCGAGGUUGUGUAGUUUGACUUUGAAGAAGUUGGUGGUGACGAGAGAACUCGACAAAGAACUCAUCUCUGUUGUCAUCGCCGUCAAAAUACAGGGUUCCAAGCGCGUUCUGCGAUCCCAUGAGAUUGUGUUGCCACCCAGUGGGUUCGUGGAGACGGAUCUGGCCCUCAACUUUUCACUUCAGUAUCCACACUUCCUGAAACGAGAAGGCAACAAGCUGGAGAUCCUCCUGCAGAGACGAAAGCGCUACAAGCACCGAACCAUCCUGGGCUACAAGACGCUAGCGGCGGGCUCCAUCGACAUGGCCGAGGUGAUGCAGCACCCCACUGAAGGAGGACAGGUUCUUCCUCUCUACAGCGACCACAAGGACCUACUGGGCAAGGUGGCAGAGAUCUGGAUCUUCUCGCUGUCCAGUCAGCCCAUCGAUCACGAGGACGCCGCCCUGCAAGGACAGACGACCAAAGGUCCCGAUAACUACUCAGAGGAAGAGUACGAGAGCUUCUCCUCGGACCAGGAAGCCAGCGAUGAUGCGGUACAAGCACAGGAUCUGGAGGAUGACGAGUAUGACGUCCGCAAGUCGAAGAAGCAGAGGAGGUCCAUCAUCAGGACGCCGUCCAUCACCAGACAGCAGAACUUCAAGCAGAAAGUGGUGGCCCUUCUCAAGAGGUUCCGAGUGUCUGAUGAGGUUCUAGAUUCUGAGCAGGAUCCGGGUGAGGUUCCACCUGAGGUGGAGGAAGAGGAUCUGGACCUGGACAGUGUGGACUUCGACAAUGCCAGCAACAGUGGACCGGAGGUGGACGACGAUGAGGACAGCGUACUUAGCACACCCAAACCCAAACUCAAGCCAUACUUCGAGGGUUUGUCUAUGUCCAGCUCCCAAACAGAAAUCGGGAGCAUCCACAGCGGUCAUCGUGGACCAGCCAGUCCGGCGGAGCCCGAUAAAAGCAGACGCGGUGUCGGCGAGGAUGUGUCCGAUAGCGUCUCCUACGAGCAUCCCGAGGCUGUGACGCCCACCGCCGAGCUGGAGAUGGACAACAUGGACACCUUUGUGGACACGCUGCCCCCUUGUGGCAAGAUGGCCAAGGCGGAGUCUCUCAUCCUUUCAUCCAGCAGUCAGGAACCUAAGAUGGCAGGAAGGCGAGGUCGCAGCACGUCCCUGAAAGAGCGCCAGCCCAGCAGACCUCCGAACGAGCGCGCCAACAGCUUGGACAAUGAGCGUGCUCUGGACACACGCAGCCACCCGCAGAUCCCCAGAAAGACGGUGUAUGACCAGCUGAACCACAUCCUGGUAUCUGACAAGCAGCUUCCUGACAGCAUCAUCCUCAUCAACACGUCCGACUGGCAGGGCCAGUACCUUUCAGACGCGCUCCAGAACCAGCACCUACCCGUGGUCUGCACCUGCAGCACGGCUGACGUCCAAGCGGCUUUCAACACCAUCGUGUCCCGCAUCCAACGCUUCUGUAACUGCAACUCCCAGACGCCCGUCCCCAUCAAGAUCGCAGUGGCGGGAGCGCAGCGUUACCUGAGCGCCGUGCUCCGCCUCUUUGUGGACCACCUGACCCACAAGACCCCCGACUGGCUGGGAUACAUGAGGUUCCUCAUCAUCCCGCUUGGUGUACUUCCUGUCUCCAAGUACCUGGCCUCCGUGGACCACAAAUACUACUCUUUGUUCCAGGAUACCGCGUGGAAGGACCUCUUUCACAAAGCCCAAGCUCCUCCUGUCGCCCAGGAGAGUCCAGACGUGGUGUCCAGGGUGAGGCAGUACCUGUUGGGGGCCAACGGAGCCCACCAGCUUCCCAUCGCCGAGGCCAUGCUGACGUACAAACACAAGAGCCUCCAUGAGGACUCAUGCCAGAAGUUCAUCCCGUUCAUUGGGGUGGUGAAAGUGGGAAUUGUGGAGUCUUUGUCAGCAACAUCAGGAGACUCGGACGACGUGGCGCAGGUGGGAUCCUCCCCGCUCGCCACACCGCCUCAGGCGCCGCCCACCCCACCCUCCUCGCCGUCUGUCAACACCGGCUUCAGUGCGUACAGCUGUGGAGGAGGUCAGACGGAGCUGAUGGGUCUCCAAGUGGACUACUGGGCGGCGCCCGGCGAGAAGAAGAAGGACGUGGAGAAGCGCGACGCCUCCAGCAAAAACACGCUCAAGUGCAAUUUCCGCUCGCUGCAGGUCAGCCGGCUGCCCGCGGGGGGCGCCGAGUUCAGCGGCCAGCCCACCAUGUCCAUGACGGUGGUGACCAAGGAGAAGAACAAAAAGGUCAUGUUCCUGCCAAAGAAGAGCAAAGACAAGGAGGCGGAGUCUAAGAGUCAGGUGAUCGACGGCAUCAGUCGCCUCAUCUGCACCGCCAAGCACCAGCAAACCAUGUUGACAGUGUUGAUUGACGGGGCGGAGUGGAACGACGUCAAGUUUUUCCAGCUGGCGGCGCAGUGGUCCUCGCACGUUAAACACUUCCCCAUCGGGAUCUUCGGGCACACAAAAGGCUCGUUAUUUCCAUAACCUCCACAGGAAGCUGCCCAUCGAGGGCGGGCGGCGUCCUGAUUUCAAGCACACGUGACUCAAGAAUAUAUUUUUGCAAAAAAAGGAAGAAGACUUGCAGAGUAUUUUCUCUCCAAGAAAAGUGGAUUUGUUUGUGUUUUCCACUUGUGUGCAAUAGACUCAAUAAUAAUAAUAAUGAUAAUAAUAAUAAUAAUAAUUAGAUGAGCUUCUUGUCUUGCUAAUGCUAAUGCUUAGCUUUUUGCUAAGAAUAAGAAACAUUUAGCCAAGUGGCGCACAACAAGACAGCACACAACACGAGUUACUUGUUAGCCUCAAAGACAAACGUCGAAGGUUUGCUUUGCUUUGUUGGCCAUCUUUAGCGGGGACGGCUGCGCUAGUUGGCUUAACAUCCGUGUGCGGAAUAGACUGCUAAUCCCACGUGCUAAUACCCCAAUUCCCAGCGCUCGUAUUCUUUUUCACUCUCUUUGAGCGUCUGGCAACCGAUGGUCAGCAAGGGUUCUGUCCAUUUGGAAAGACGUCCCAGAUCCAAACACUCCACACACUAGUUGUAGCAUCUCAGCGCUAUCCACUUGGGGCCGGGCCCCCACCGCCAGGCGCUGGACUGCCAGCCCCUCCCCCAGAGUGGGCUCCGGUUUAAGGCCCCGCUGCUCCGCUAUCUGGUAUUCAUCCUUCAAAACUCCAUUGGGCUUUGAGUCUUCACGUUGCUAUGGGAACUGAGCGGUCAACACACUUCCGUGUUUAGUCCAUGACAUUGUCACUGAUUUGGAAUACCUUUGUUCUGUCUUUUCUUUUGCCAUGGAAAAUAGUAGUGAGGUGAUUCGUUUUUGUCCCAUUGCCAAAACUGCUACUAAGAUGCUGAAUAAAGGAAAAAUAAAUAAAAGGAAGCUUUGUGCCUCCCAA